AAGGGGGGCGGGCAGUGCACUCACCUGCCUGUGAGUGGUAGUGUUUGGGUCCUGCCCACCCUGAGUGGCCCAGAGCGACCACGGUCAGGCCAUGGGGACCGCACUUGUGUACCACGAGGACAUGACAGCUGCCCGGCUGCUCUGGGACGACCCCGAGUGCGAGAUCGAGUGCCCGGAGCGCCUGACCACAGCCCUGGAGCGCCUGCAGCAGCGUGGCCUGGAGCAAAGGUGUCUGCGGCUGGCAGCCCGGGAGGCCUCGGAGGCGGAACUGGGCCUGGUGCACAGCCCGGAGUAUGUGGCCCUGUUGCAGGGGACCCAGGCCUUGGGCACCGGGGAGCUCCAGACCCUGUCUGGACAGUACGAUGCCGUCUACUUCCACCCGAGUACCUUCCACUGUGCCCGGCUGGCCGCGGGGGCGGCGCUGCAGCUGGUGGAUGCAGUGCUGGCGGGAGCUGUGCGCAACGGGCUCGCCCUGGUGAGGCCUCCUGGGCACCAUAGCCAGAGGGCUGCCGCCAAUGGAUUCUGCGUGUUCAACAACGUGGCCAUAGCAGCCAAACAUGCCCAGCGGCAGCACGGGCUGCACAGGAUCCUCAUCGUUGACUGGGAUGUGCAUCAUGGCCAGGGCAUCCAGUAUAUCUUUGAGGAUGACCCCAGUGUCCUUUAUUUCUCCUGGCACCGCUAUGAGCACGGGCGCUUCUGGCCCUAUCUCCGAGAGUCAGAUGCAGACGCUGUUGGGCAGGGCCCGGGCCUUGGCUUCACUGUCAACCUGCCCUGGAACCAGGUCGGGAUGGGAAAUGCUGACUACGUGGCCGCCUUCCUGCAUGUGCUGCUGCCCGUGGCCUUUGAGUUCAACCCUGAGCUGGUCCUAGUCUCCGCGGGAUUUGACUCAGCCAUCGGGGAUCCCGAGGGGCAGAUGCAGGCCACGCCAGAGUGCUUUGCCCACCUCACGCAGCUGCUGCAGAUGCUGGCUGGUGGCCGGGUCUGCGCUGUGCUGGAGGGUGGCUACCACCUGGAGUCACUCUCGCAGUCCGUGUGCAUGAUGGUGCAAGCGCUGCUGGGAGACCCUGCCCCGCCCCUGUCGGGGCCCAUGGUGCCGCAUGCCAGCGCCCUGGAGUCCAUCCAGAGUGUCCGGGUAGCCCAGGCCCCUCACUGGAUGAGCCUCCAGCAGCAAGGUGUGGCCCCUGUACUGAGUCCCAGCCCCCGCUCCCCAGAGGGGAGGCCCUCGCCUCUGCUGCUGCCUGGGGGGCCCGAAUUCAAGGCAGCAGCGACCCAGGACGUGGCUGCCCUGAGCUCCCUCCUGGACCAGCUGCGCCUCAAUCCCGCGCCCCCUGUACGCACAGCUGUUGCCUUGACUGCGCCAGAUGCUGCCCUGGCCCUGCCCUCUGAUGUCCUCUGUGAGGAGGGGUCAGCCCCACAGGAAGAGACGCAGGCCUGGGCCAGGCCACAUGAGGCCCUGGCCCAGGACAGGGCCCUCACUGCACUCGGGAAGGUCCUGUACCUCUUGGACAGGAUCCUGGAUGGGCAGGUGAGCAGUGGCAUUGCAGUCACCCCAGCCUCUGCUGCAGCUGCCACCCUGGAUGUGGCCAUUCGGUGUGGCCUGUCCCACGGAGCCCAGAGGCUGCUUUGUCUGGCUGUGGGACAGCUGGAUCGGCCCCCAGAUCUCACGGAUGAUGGGAGGACUCUAUGGCUGAAUAUUGGGGGCAAGGAGGCAGCUGCCCUGUCCAUGUUCCACGUCUCUGUGCCACUGCCAGGGACGACUGGAGGGUUUCUGAGCUGUGUCCUGGCCCUGGUGCUGCCCCUGGCCUACAGCUUCCAGCCUGACCUGGUGCUGGUGGCGCUGGGGCCCGCCCAUGGCCUGCGGGACCCCCAAGCUGCACUCCUGGCUGCGCUGCUUCGGGGCCCAGCAGGGGGCCGAGUCUUGGUCCUUGUGGAUGAGGAAUCCACACCCCAGCUCGCGGUGGUCCUGGCCAGGGUGUUGCAUGGAGAGGCAGCCCCUAGCCUGGGUCCCUUCUCCAUGGCCUCCCCAGAGGAAGUGCAGGCCCUGAUGCAGCUGAGAGGGCAGCUGGAGCCACGGUGGAAGAUGCUGCAGGUGGCCAGUGAGGCUGGGGGGCCAGGCUCAGGCUGAAUGCUUGGGGCCUUGGGCGACAGCUGCCUUAGAGCUCUGUGGCGGGACGGGCUCACGUCCUGGGGAGUGGGGUACUGCCCUGAACCAGCUCAUAGCCGCGUCAAGCAGUUGUGCACCUCUUCCCAGCUCCUCCUUGAGUGCUGUGACCUGGUAGCUUGAAAUCGGCCAGGGUGGGAGUAUUUACACCCCGGAAAAGACACCACCAACUAGUCCCCCAAGAGCCUGUUGUUAACCAUUCACCAGCACACUUCUGCGCGAGGCCUCUUUCCUGAGGGCUAGGCUGCGGGGCUGCCCGGGACACUGGCUCAGGGGCCCUGUAUCCCCUGCCCCAGCGCAGACUCCCCCCUCCGACCACCCGCCUCUGCACGGAUGGCCCCUCCCCCGCUCCCUCCCCGCCCAAUCAGUAAACGUCGGUUAAGCGAAA